CGGGAGGGAAGCGGGGGGGAUCCGGCAUGGCGGCGGUGCCGAGCGGGCUCUUCGCCGUCUACAAGCCGGCGGGGGUGGCGUGGGGCCGAGUCCGUGACGCGGUAGAAACGCGGCUGCUGCGCGAGCUGAACGCGGCCCCGGGGCGCGCCCCGCGGCAGCACAUUCGCUUCCUACCGGCCCCGGGAGGGAGCGACGGCGGGGCCAGCGGGCUGGUGGCCACCAGGGUGCCGAUGCUGGCCGACCACCCCCUCGUCCGAGGCCCGCGGUUCAGGAAGCUGAAGAUCGGAGCGGGUCACCGGCUGGACGUGAAAUCCUCGGGAGUUUUCGUUCUGGGCAUAGGCCAUGGGAACAAGCUGCUCACUGCUCUGUACAACUGCCACCUGACCAAGGCUUACACCGUGGGUGGAUUGUUUGGUAAAGCCACUGAUGACUUCUCAGACAUGGGGAAGCUAAUAGAAAGGACAACAUUCGAUCAUAUCACAAGGGAGAAGCUGGAACGGAUUCUUGCUGUCAUUCAAGGAACAAAUCAUAAGGCCCUGUUGAUGUAUUCUAACAUUGAUAUGAAAACACAAGAGGCAUAUGAGCUGGCUGUCAAAGGGUUGAUUCGGCCCAUGGAUAAAAGCCCUCCCAUCAUCACAGCCAUCCGAUGCCUCCAGUUUGCACCUCCAGAAUUCCAGCUAGAAAUCCAUUGCCUGCAUGAGACUCAGCAGUAUCUCCGAAAAAUAGUUCAUGAGAUUGGUCUGGAGCUGAAAUCCUCUGCUGUGUGCACACAAGUGCGAAGGAUACGCGAUGGCGUUUUCACGGUGGAGGAUGCUCUGCUGAGAACCCAGUGGGACCUGCAGAGUGUACAGAAUGCCAUUUGGAACUGUCAGCUUAAAGUGAAAAGCGAGAUAGAGAAAACACUAGGCCAUCAGGAUAGAAGUCUUCUCCACGAGGUGGAGGGUGAGAUGGUGGAUGCUGCAGAGAGCUGAGAGUGUGCUCUGGGGGAAAUGUCCACGAGCCAUCUCUGCAGCACAAUAGCACAGUGCAGCACAGCUACGUGCUGACAGCAUGAUGGACAGCAGAAGGAGGGAGGUUAAUUGCAGUUCACUUCCACCCUUUCCUUGAGAUGACUUCAGUCAGAGGCAUUUUUGUCAGUGACAGGCUGUAUAAUUUAUUCUAAGGCAUCACAAGCAGUUUGUUAACAGCAGUUAGCUGUGCCAAAAUUCCUGUUGACUUUGGGAACAUUGGUUGUUAAGGGAUCCCCAUCCUCAAAUUGUUGGGCACUAGGAAACAGUGUCUUACAGGAUUGUAUUCCCUUCAUUGCAAAGAUUAGCUAUUUGCAACUGGUGGCAUAACAUAUCUACUGUAUAGAUUUUGUUUCCCCUCUGUUGUCCUAGAGUAUUUUCUUUCCUUCAGUCCUGCUUUGAGACACACAAGAGCUCAAAAAUCAGAUUAAAAUGAUGUGCAGGAGAAACCACGUUUUAGACAAAGCAGUGCAGGGAAAUGGUUAAACACAGAGAAGGUGUGAUGAAAGUGACUUGUAAUAGGGACUGAUGCAUAAGAUACCUAAGAAAUAAAACUGAAAGUGACCUAAAGGGGAAGAGGCUGAUUCUUGUCUCAGAACUCAUGUCUGAGUACAUUGACUCAUUAAAUUAUUUUUUUUCUUUUGAA